AUGUUGAGAAUAGUUGGAAAUCUCGCGCGCAAUGCAAUACAGAAAGCCCGAAUAUCUUUGCCUCGAGUAAUUCAGUCGGAUGUCAAACUGGGGGAUAUCCAGUUUCGACGAAGUAAUGAGACAAAAUGCGAAACACCUGAGUACGUCAGUCGAAUAGCCGUCCCCACUGACUACGACUACGUCGUGAAUUUCAUGUGCAAUACCUACUUCAAGUCAGAGCCAUCAAUGGUGAACAUUGGUCUUGCCAAUCAAGACCCAUCUCCCGUUCUAAUCGACCUGAUGUACAAGCAGAUAAAGGAUGGAAUGACGAUAAUAAUAUUGAACGAGGAGGGUUGCAUCAUCGGGGCAGCCGUGAACGCCGGGAUGUCCCCCUGGGAUCCAGCUGGAAUCCGAGACAUUGCGAAUUGCGUCGAGAAUAAAGACCUGGCAAAUCUCCUGCGGUUCUUCGCGAAAUUGGCGGAGGCACCCAAUCUUUGGGAGACUCAUCACACCAACAGGUUUUUCGAAUGCUCCUGCGUGGCUGUGGAUCCACAAUAUCGCGGAACGGGCAUCGCUACGAAGCUCAUUCACGACAGCUGGAUGCUAGCUAGGGACUGCCGAUGUCGAUUGUUCAGGAUUGAUUGCAGUAGCAAAUACACGGCUAAGAUCGCUCAGAAAUUCGGCUGGGAGUGUGUUAUGUCAAUCCCGUACUCGAGUCACAUGGAAUGUGAUGAAUUCGUUUUCAAGAACAUCAGGAAACCCCACGAUACUGUGGAUAUCUACAUCGAUUUCCCUACGAGGCCCAAAAAAUCCUCUUAG